AUGCCUUCUCUGCCUUACGCCCUGCUUUCCCCUUUCCCCUCUCCUCCCUAUACCCUUCUUCCCCCUAUCCCCUCCUUGCCUUACCAUUUUUCGCUUCCUUUCCCUCUCUCGCAUUCACCCGUCUUCCCCCUUUCCCCUCGCUGCCUUACACCCUCCCAUUCAUUCUCUCUGCCAUUCACCCCACUUCUCCCCUUUCUCUCUCUGCGUUACGCCCUUCUUCCGCCUUUCGCCUCUAUGCCUUGCAUCUUUUAUCCCCCUUACGCCACUCUGCCAUACUCCCCUUCUUCUACCUUUCCACUAUCUCCGUUACCUCCUACAUCACCCUUUUUCUCCAUGCCAUUCACCCUUAUUCUCCCCUUCCCCUCUAUGCUUUACACCCCUCUUCCGCCUUUCCCCUCUCUGCCUUACGCCCUGCUUCCCCCUCGUCACUCUCUUCACUACACCCAUCCUCCCCCUCUCUCCCCUCCGCCUUACACCUUUCUUACCGCUUUCCCUCUCUGCCUCUCACCCUUCGUAUCCCCUUUCCCUCUCUGCCUCUCACCCUUCUUAUCCCCUUUCCCUCUCUGCCUCUCACCCUUCUUAUCCCCUUUCCCUCUCUGCCUCUCACCCUUCUUAUCCCCUUUCCCUCUCUGCCUCUCACCCUUCGUAUCCCCUUUCCCUCUCUGCCUCUCACCCUUCUUAUCCCCUUUCCCUCUCUGCCUCUCACCCUUCUUAUCCCCUUUCCCUCUCUGCCUCUCACCCUUCUUAUCCCCUUUCCCUCUCUGCCUCUCACCCUUCGUAUCCCCUUUCCCUCUCUGCCUCUCACCCUUCUUAUCCCCUUUCCAUCUCUGCAUCUCACCCUUCUUAUCCCCUUUCCCUCUCUGCCUCUCACCCUUCGUAUCCCCUUUCCCUCUCUGCCUCUCACCCUUCUUAUCCCCUUUCCCUCUCUGCCUCUCACCCUUCUUAUCCCCUUUCCCUCUCUGCCUCUCACCCUUCGUAUCCCCUUUCCCUCUCUGCCUCUCACCCUUCUUAUCCCCUUUCCCUCUCUGCCUCUCACCCUUCUUAUCCCCUUUCCCUCUCUGCCUCUCACCCUUCUUCUCCCCUUUCCCUCUCUGCCUCUCACCCUUCGUAUCCCCUUUCCCUCUCUGCCUCUCACCCUUCUUAUCCCCUUUCCCUCUCUGCCUCUCACCCUUCUUAUCCCCUUUCCCUCUCUGCCUCUCACCCUUCUUAUCCCCUUUCCCUCUCUGCCUCUCACCCUUCUUAUCCCCUUUCCCUCUCUGCCUCUCACCCUUCUUAUCCCCUUUCCCUCUCUGCCUCUCACCCUUCUUAUCCCCUUUCCCUCUCUGCCUCUCACCCUUCUUAUCCCCUUUCCCUCUCUGCCUCUCACCCUUCUUAUCCCCUUUCCCUCUCUGCCUCUCAACCUUCGUAUCCCCUUUCCCUCUCUGCCUCUCACCCUUCUUAUCCCCUUUCCCUCUCUGCCUCUCACCCUUCGUAUCCCCUUUCCCUCUCUGCCUCUCACCCUUCUUAUCCCCUUUCCCUCUCUGCCUCUCACCCUUCUUCUCCCCUUCCCCUCUCUGCCUUAAACCCAUCUUCCGCCUUUCCCCUCUCUGCCUUAUGCCCCGCUUCCCCCCGUUCUCUCUCCUCCUUACACCCUUCAUCCCCCUAACGCCACGCUGCCUUAGUCUCUGCUUCUCCCUUUUCCCUCCCUUCCCUACACCCUUCUUCCCCCUCUCCCCUCUCUGCCUUACUCUCUUUUUCACCCUUACCCCUUUCUGCCUUACACAUUUUGUCCCCCAUGCGCCAAUCUGCCAUACGCCCCUUGUUCCACCUUUCCCCUCUCUACCAUACAUCCGUGUCAAGUCCUAUUCCCACACUUAA